GGGUAUCAGGAUAUGGAAUUUCUUUUAACCUUUAGUCAAGUUAGCGUUAGCAUUGCGAUCUUUUGGGCGAACUUUAUGGUUUUAAAGUUCUUCAAACGACACAAAAACACAGAGACGAAGCGUCUACACUUUUGUUACCCAGGUCGGAAGCAUAAAAGGUCAAUUCAGGCGGCUGUUCCGCUUGUGUUCAACCACUGACGUCUCCGAAUCUUAGGAAGCAGUUGCUAACAGGUGUUUCGGGAUAAGAAGUGACCAUGUAAUCUGGCGACUUCUGUCUGCUCUCAUCAUUAAAUAUUCGUCGAAACGUGGAAUAAUUGUUCCUAAUUCGUAACUUUUGUUGUCUUAGUCAAAAAAACACUAACUUCGUUUAUUUUGUGUUAAAAAAAAAAGUCAAUGGAAAGGCGUGAUCUCACAAGUCCCCCCUAGCCAUUAGAACUGCGAUAACCACUGACGGAUUUGGUUGAAGGUCUCCAAAUAACACGGUCGCAGAUUGAGCUGUAACGCCGGCCAACAACCGUCCUGUCCGAGAGCUGUCCAUGCGGCUGAAGUAUGGAGGAUAUUUGAAUGAUUUUACCCUAUAUUCAGUAAUGUGAAAACUCUUUACUCCUUACACAACAAUGUGAAGACUGUUGGAGUGUUCUGGGGGAUUUAGAAGACAUUUCAGCAGUAUGAGGGCCUGUUUUGGAGCCAAAACUCAGCUGUUAAUCAGCAGAGUCUUCUUUCAUCCUGUUAGUACAUCAGCAGCAGGUGAGCCCUGACUUGAGAGGUCAACUCCUUAUUCUGAAACUAUCUUUCAUAUAUAAAAUGCUCUCUGCAUGUGAUUGUUUAUUAUAUAUGUGUUUCUAUGCCUUUAGAGUUAUAUAUGAUGCAAAUGUGAUCAGUACAGCCUUUACCAUUAUUCUGUGUGAAGCAUUGAGUGACCUGUCUGUAAGAAAGGGGCUGAAAACAUCCAAAUUCAGAGGACAGGGGUUAUAAAUUAGAAGUAUUAUAAACAUUAGUUGCUGUAAAGCCACCAGGGUAAAUAAAUAAAUAAAAAAUCUUCCCGGUUGAUAAGAUCCUGUGCUGGUCUGAUCACCAUACUGUUAAUUUGUUUGUGUGUGACAGUGAGAUGGAGGGCAGUUCAGUCCAGACUCUGCAGCAGCACACCACCAGGUGAGCAGAAGCCCCGCCCCUCUAUGCUGAGACACCUGACCUCCAAAAUAAAAGCCACAGGUCCCAUUACAGUGGCAGAGUACAUGAGGGAAGUGCUCACCAAUCCCGUGACGGUGAGUUCUCAUGAACCACCUUAAAAUCUGCACUGUGAGACCUACAGAAGUCCCCUCAUGGUUUAAAUGAUACCUCUGCUGCAGCUCACAGCUCUUCAUUUCUGUAACAGGGUUAUUAUGUGAGGAACAACAUGCUGGGACCUGAUGGAGAUUUCAUCACAUCACCAGAAAUCAGUCAGAUUUUUGGAGAGGUGAGACACAAAAUUCACUCAAAUAAAAAAUAAUUCACUCUGAGGUAGACACACAGUUAUUUUGGAAAGAGAAAAAGAAAGAGACUUAGAUCAAAUCUGUUUUAUCUAAACUCAUCAUCUACAGAUGCUGCAAUUACUGUAAAAUCCAGAUAAUAAUCCACACUGUUAGAUAAGCACUCUGUCUUCUAUUCAGUUAAAAAUGUAGAAAAUUGUAAAAACCAGGUCCUCCAUUGAUCCUUAAAGAUCCUAAAAAUAUAUCAGAAUUUCACAAACAAAACAAGAAUUUUGAGUUCAAGAUAUUUUAUAAGUUUAAUCAGUCAUAAUAAACCAAACUAACAUUUCAUUAUCUUAUGUUAUGAGGGAAAAUCAUAUCUGUAAAUCUAAUUAUUACUGAAAAUCUCUCUGAAAUUUUUUUUUUUCUUCUGUAAACUGACCGGUUUGACAUUUAAGUCUGAAUAAAUCUUUCUUUGGAUAACUUUGACUGACUUUAUCUGCAAGUUUGAGUGGGUCAUGAAGUUACAGAAAGGAACAAAUACAGUAAAAUUAAAAGACAUUAAGUCAUAUAAAUAAAGGCUAAGACAGUUACACUAACACAUAAACCUGAGAAUACAGAAAUGUUAAAAACUGAAGUGCAUCAGUCAGAGAGUGUUCCAGUUUUUUAAGUUCUCAUCCUCUCUGGUGUAAGAACAAACCUGAGGUUUUGUGUGUUUUCCAGCUGCUGGGUGUGUGGAUCAUCAGUGAGUGGAUGGGAGCAGGUCAUCCCAAACAGCUGCAGGUGGUGGAACUCGGACCUGGGAAAGGGUCUUUGGCGAGUGACGUCCUCAGGGUAGGAACUGUAUUAACCUAAACCGAAUGGGGGGCUCCUGAACUACAUUUCUGUGUUACCGUGGAAACAAUGGUACUGAGUUUUGCCUCCUCUCCAGAUGAAGUCGUGAUAACUUUGUUACUUCCUCUGCAGGUGUUCACUCAGUUGAAGUCCGUCCUUGGGGAUGCCUCUGUGUCUCUCCACCUGGUGGAGGUGAGUCCGGCUCUGAGUCGUAUUCAGGCCCAGAAUCUGACUGGGGAUCAGAACCAGGAGGCGGACAUAGAAGAUGAGCCAGUUUACCGCAGAGGAGAGACCGCCACUGGGUUGCCGGUGUCCUGGUACCUCCGCUUAGAAGACGUCCCUGCAGGUGAGCAAAACAGGCCCAGAAUCAAGACUCUGUGAUGUCUGAUGAUGUCUCUGGACUCCUGUAAGAUUUUCAGGUUGGAGUUUGUGUUUCAAACUCAGAUUAUUAGCAGCAGUAGGAGUUCAUGCUCCUGUCAAUAUCAUUAUGAAGCCACAAAGUGUAAAACUACUGAAGUGUUGAAGGUCCAGAUCAUUCAUGUCAUCUCUUUCUCUUUCUUGCUUCUUUUUCUUCUCUCAGGAUUCAGCAUUUUUCUUGCUCACGAGUUUUUUGACGCUCUGCCGAUCCACAAAUUUCAGGUAAAAGCUCCCAUACCAAACUUUUACAAGUAAUAGUAAGUGUUUUUUAAAUACAUGAGUUGAUUUAAGUCUUUUAGAGAUCAGUGUGUCUGAGUUCUUGCAACAUAUUCCUUUCCUAAGCCAUGUCAUUCUGUUGUUAACACCAGGUGGCGCCAGACUGGUGGAAAAAGUCUAGUGGCUCCCUUUGUAACUUUUGAGUAGAUAUGAAUCUGACAAACACUGCAGGUGUAUUUUUAACUUCAGUGUGACUGACUGAAAAGGAUCAUGGUUAAAUAUUUUUACUCUGACUUUGUGUAAUUUUGUCUUGGCUUUAAUUUCUGGCCUGAUUUUGAUGAUUCCACAAAGUUUCUGUGGCAGUAAUCUGCACGUUUGUGAGAUUGGACAAGUUUAUAUGAAAUUGUAACAUUGUUGUGGAUUAUCCUGUUCCACUGUUUUCAAAUCUGAGCCACAGUUGGAGAAUAAAUUUGAUGUUUCUGGUGGUGAAAGACCAAAAGAUGAAGAAAAACCUUCAGAGUUUGGACCACAGUUCUGGUUCAUUGUGCACCUUCAGGUUUUUAGUGUGUGGUUUAAACCUGCUGCACCCUCAUCUCACCUCAGGUGUUUAGUACACACCUGCAUCCUUUCUGAGUUUGUGUCUGUUUGUGUUCAGAGGACACAGAAAGGAUGGAGGGAGGUCCUGGUGGACAUCGACCCAGAGAAACCGGAGCAGCUGAGGUUCGUUGCGGCAAUGGCUCCGACUCUGGCCUCAUCCACGCUUGUACAGGUAGAUAUUUGUAUCUGUUUACUUUUAGAUAUCAUGAAAGGGCAUCAGUACAAGUUUCAGUCUAGUUCAUACAUUUAAAUGUCAUAUGUAAUUUGACAACCUUGCCUGACUGAAGGUGUUUUUUAAAAGAGACAAGCUUAUAAGUCUUUGUAAACAAUGAAUAAUGUAAUGACCAGAUAGAAACUCUCCCAGGAACUUUAAAGUAAUAAAACGAUGAAUUAAAGCUCCUGUGAGGAAUUUUCAUCUAAUCAUGAAAUGGACUAAAUUUAACAACAAAGCUUUUUAAUAACCAUCAUGUCAUUUUUAACACCUGUAACUGCUGUGAGAAGGUCAGACCGUGUGAUUGACAAAAUGAUAAAAAAAGAAUGUUUAUUUUUUAUUGCAGAUUUUAAUGACAGUAAAAGAAACAUUCAACAGUUAGAAAACAGCAGCGUUAACUUUUUUUAAAAUCAGGAAACAUGACUAGGACACCAUCAGCCAUGGGGUCAAUCUGUGUAAAAAUUCUGACUAUGAGGGUCCUCAGAAAUUCUUUUUUUUUGUUUCUGUGUGUGUGUGUGUGUCAGGCAGGUGAGAAGCGGACUCACGUGGAGGUGUGUGCAGAGGGCGGAGUCAUUGUCCAGCAGCUGGCUCGGAGGAUCGUAGAGGACGGAGGUGCGGCACUGAUCGCCGAUUACGGCCAUGAUGGAACUAAAACGGACACGUUCAGAGUGAGAAAACACAUUUUUACACUCUGAGGCAAAACUGUUAUGAGUUACAGCUGAAAAAUUGACAGUUCAGAUAUUUAAAGAGCUGUGAUCAAGGUCUUCACUGAUUUAGUUUUGGAAUAUUUCAGUCCUGCCAGUGCAGAGACAAACAGGAUGUAGUUUGUAGAUUUUUAUCCACAGAUUUCAGAAAGUCAGCCAAUAAUUUUUAACCACUAAGGACAUAAAUAUCCUUUAAAGCUAGAACACUUUUUCUAUUUUAUGAUUGAUUUCCACAAUAAUAUUUCAGUAUUUUUUAAUGAUUUAUGUCUUAUUUAAAGGUCAGAGUGUUCUGAACUUCUUAUCAUAGUUAACAUGUUGUAAUGAUAAAAAUAAAAAUAGUGGACUUGAUGGCUGUAAGUCAGUGUUGGCUGCAUCAGACUCAUGAACUUUGAAACAUGACCUCUGAUUAUAACCCUGACUGUGGAUGUCGGCUGUGUUUGUUUUUUAUUCCUAUUCUAAAAAUGUGAAAUAUUUUUAAUGUGAUGUAAAGUUCUGCUCUGACUCUGCUGCUGUCUUGGUGAGGAAAACCUCUCAGCUCAGAGGUUUAUUUGUAGAGUCGGUACAUUUUGUUCAGUUAGAUGUGAAGGAAACAGAUGUAGGAAGCAGAAAAGACCAUCUGCUGCAGAGCGAGAGGAAACCAGGGUCAUCGCACUCUUCCUCACUGACUCCUACCCCUCCUCAGACCUCUUUAUUUCCUCAAUUUUUACAUCAAAAUCUAUUUAUUCAAAUUAUUCCAAAUCACCUCUGAAUAUCAACCAUAAAGGAAAGAAAACUUAACUUUAUUCUUUCUACUAAAUCUAAGUGCAAUCCUGUAAAUCUGCUACAAUAAAACUUUGAUCAUCGAUCUCUCAGACUGAGGUUUUCAAUUUAUACCUUUUCAUGCUUUAAAAUAUUUUUACGUGAGUUUAUACUGUAUAUAUAUAUAUUUGUAUUUUGUUAUCUGUCAGGGGUUCAAAGGUCACCAGCUGCAUGAUGUCCUGUCCUCCCCGGGCUCAGCCGACCUUACCGCGGAUGUGGACUUCAGCUACCUGCGCAGGAUGGCAGAAGAGGGCGUGGCCUGUCUGGGACCCAUCAGUCAGAGGAUGUUCCUGAAAAACAUGGGCAUCGACUCCAGGAUGCAGGUGAGUGACAGAGUCAGAGCUCAGAGUAUUUACAAGUAAUAUUAUCGGAGUCAACAGAAUUAUUUCAAACUUAUAACUCAGUGUUGACUCUGAUUUUCUGACUCUGUUUAUCCCGGUCUCAGAGUUUUUCCUCCUCUUCUUCAUCUGCAGGUUCUCUUGAGAAACUGCAGCGACCCGCCUACCAGGCAGCAGCUGAUCAGCAGCUACGACAUGCUGACCAACCCCAACAAGAUGGGUGAGCGCUUCCACUUCUUCAGCCUGCUGCACCCCAGCCGGCUUCAGAAACCCCAGAGACCUGAGGGGCUGAAGCUGGAGAAGAAGCAGACCCCGGUGCCGCUGCCUAUUGCUGGGUUCACAGAGCUCAGCUUCACCUGAGAGUGACGGUGACGAGGUGAUGAGGCGACAAGUUAGAAAGACAUGGGAAUCAUCAGAGAUUAAAUCAGACCAGGAGGUUUCUGAAGCUCGUUACAGACUCAAACUCUCUGAGGACUAUGUGGACAGGACGCUGAUGUUCCUGCAACAUGAAUGUCCUCUGACUUACAGACGAGGACACGAGGACAGACUUCUUGAUUAAAAUAAGUUUAAAAAAAAUGAAACAUUUCUGUGUUUUCAAAACUUUGAUAAACUCAUGACACAAAGUUCCUUUUCAGUCAUAUAGGGUGACCAUAUUCUGAAUCCCCAAAAAGAGGACAGGACUACGCGGGGGCAGAGUAAGGUGUAGUUAAUUUUAAGAGUUUUUCGGGUCGGAUCGACUGUCUUUUACGC